AUGGAUGUGAGGAGCUACGACAAACACGACAAAUGCGGCCUAGUCUGGAUCCCACGCGUGGUGGCCUACAGGUGCCGGACGUGCGGCAUCUCGCCGUGCAUGUCCAUAUGCCGCGAGUGCUUCCACCGCGGCGACCACUCCACGCACGACUUCAACAUGUUCCUGUCGCAGGCGGGCGGCGCGUGCGACUGCGGCGACGAGUCCGUCAUGAAGGAGGACGGGUUCUGCAGCAACCAUGGCAACAAAUGUCCCCGGCCGGGCACGGCGCCGGCGGAGCUGAUGUGCGUCGCCGAGGCGAUGAUGCCGCGACUCAUACUGAGGCUGCUUCAGCACUUCAGGGAGAACAGCGACAACUUCAGCACCUCAGCGGGCGCGCAGUCCAAGUCGGAUGGUUAUCGCAUCGCGGUGCACGACUGCGAGUUCUACGUGCAGAUGCUCAUGGAGUUUAACAACAUGGGUGACCUCAUGCGCUCCGCCAUGACCAAGGCGCUCAUCAACCCCCAGAUGUACAGAAACCUAGUAGAGCCGCCGUUCCCGGACACGGAGUAUGGCUGCUACAUGGCCGAGUCCAACAAAAUGUACGAGAAAGCUAUCGAGUCCUUCCCCGCGCCGGAACCUCCUGAUGAAUAUCGACAUCUGCCGGCCCUAGCGCCGCGCCUGCAACACAACACACUACUCGACGAGUUCAUAUUCUGGACGUUCAAGUAUGAGUUCCCGCAGAACGUCGUCUGCUUUCUGCUCAAUAUGCUGCCCGAUCAAGACUACAAAGAACACCUGACCCGCACGUUCGUGAUGCACUACGCGCGAAUCCCGCUGGUGCUGGAGGCGGCGUCCGACCCCGACACGCUGUCCAACCGCGUCGUCCACAUGUCGGUACAGCUGUUCUCCAACGAGGCCCUCGCGCUCCGUUGCGUUCAGCAACUCCAUUUGCUACACGUGAUGGUGCUAUCUCUACGCCUGAUGAUGGGCAAGAUCCUAGUCCAGAACACACUUCACGACCCCGAGCAGAACUUCCACUACGUCAUCGACUGCACGCGGCGCGUCAUGAAGGAGCACUGCUACUGGCCUCUGGUGUCGGACUUCAACAACGUGCUGUCGCAUAAAAGCGUGGCGCUGCUGUUCUUACAAGACGACGCGCUGGUCGACAUGUGGUUCGAAUUCCUGUCGAUGCUGCAGGGCAUGAACGUGAACAUCCGCGAAACCGGCGGUCACAUCGAGUUCGAACCUUCAUCUUACUACGCGGCGUUUUCUUGCGAGCUGGAAGCAGCGGCGUACCCGAUGUGGUCGGUGCUGAGCCACCUGUCGGAGCCCGCGCACGCGCCGCUGGCCAGGCGGAUCAUCGCCGCCGCGCUCACGUACCUGCAGGAGUGGCUGGACGCCGUGCACUUCACCGCGCCGCAUAUGGAGAGGACGGAGGUGAUGCACGCAUCGUUCCACUUCCCGCUACACCGGUACUUGGGCGCGUUCCUGUGCGCCGGAGUGCGUGCUAUGGGCGUGCGCGCGCGCGACGUGCUGCCGCCGCCCGAUCUACUCGCGCUACUGUGCGUGCACCCGCUACGAGUGCAGAGCUUAUUCUACGAGAUCCUGGCGGGGGUAUGGGUGCGCAACGGGCUGCAGAUCAAAGGCCAGGCCAUGACGUACAUCCAGGCCAACUUCUGCAACUCCAUGGUGGACAUGGACAUCUACUGGCUGCAGAUCUGCGCGGCGCACCUCCCCGCUGACCAGUUUAUUGACAUGUGCAUUGAUAUGUUUGGAGUCCGCGAAUGGCUCAGCAUGCUGCCGAUGUCACCAGUCCAGGCAGCUGAACAAGAUGCAAUGGUGGAGGGACUACUCACGUUCCUCGCCAUACUUGUAUCUUCGCGGACCAAUCUCGGCAAUGACGAACUAACGCAAUCCCGGCUAGAAGUCAGCACGCUGCUGGCGGCCGGCGACAAGACACAUUCGCAACUGCUCGAACUCAUGCCCGAGCGCUCCGGCAACGCGCACACCAGGAACUUCGAGAGCGUGCUCAAGGAGGUGUCAACAUACCGGCCGCCGCCCAAAGGCUCGGAGAACCUGGAGCAAGGACUAUUCGUGCCCAAGCCGGUGGUGUGGGAGCAGUACUACGACCCGCUACACGUGCUGCGCCGCGCCGUGCACAGAAGGGACUUCCACGCGUCCAUGGAACGCUUCUCCACCUAUGUCCGCGAGAAGCAGAAGUCAACCGGCUCUACCAGCACUUCGAGCGGGGCCGGCGAGGCUUCAGGCGCGGGCCCCAGUGCCCCCGGGGCCCUGUGGCCCCCGCUGCGGGCCCCGGCGCCCGCGCCCGAAGCCGCCGGCGACCCGCGUGCUCUCUGCGCCUCAGGCGUCCUCCACGGCGCGCUCCUCUGCGUGCUACACCGCGGCGUGCACCGACGAGGCGCGCCCGCCACCGCUGCCGGCGCCGCGCCGUCCGCCUCGCCGCACGCGCCGCCCGACCACGUGCUAGCACUAGCCGUGUAUUUGUUACGAGUGGCCGCGCAUCUGGCUGCUGAGCGCGCUACGCAUCAUACGCGCGACGUGUGCGUGCAAGAAGCCGAGGGCUCCGCCCGCGUGUCGGGCGUGCCGCUACUGGGCGCGUUCGCGGGCGCGGCCGUGUGCGACAACGCGCGCACCGUGGUGGCCAGCGUGCCGCCGCGCGCGCGCCCCGCCCCCGCGCCCGCGCAGCCCGCGCGCUACCACUCCGACAGCGACACAGAAUGGGAGCCCUCAGAGUCAGAAACGACCCGCCUGCCAUCGCUGACGCGAACCGCAUCCCUACCAGCCACCAGCACGGCGCUAGCGGUGCCGCCGCCUUUACAGUUGUUGUGUUACCAGGUAGUGCAGCGUUCAGACUCCAUGCCUGAUGACCAGUCCGAUGCGGGCGGCGACGCGCCCCAGAUGCGAGCGCUAGAGGAUGUGUCGGACCGGCAAGCGUUGGCGCUGCAGGCGUUAGGAGACUCGAUCAUGGAAUCGGAACCACAGAUGACCCUUGCGAUACCAGAAACGGAACCUCCACCAGCUAUUGAUUAUGAGGUGGGCAACCCCGAGUGGUGCGUGAGCGUGGUGCCGCCGCGGCCCGCGCUGCCCGCGCCGCAGCCGUCCACCAGCACGCAGUUGCAAGUACACAACCAACCACAGGACGAGUCGAUUCCGGUGAACGAAUCGAUAAUAUCGCUGCUAAUGAAACUGCAUUCGCAACUGUCGGGAAGGCUGGACUCCUUCUCACUCGAAGAACCGGCUCCUGAAACUGACGAACCUAUUGGUGACGGCCCACACUUCAUCGGCCAAGUGCUACGCGCGCUGGCCAAGUUAGACGCCCGAUGCGCGUCCGCCAUCGCGCACGUUCGGCAGACGCUGUGGCCCAACCAGCGGGAGCGACAGGCCGAACAGCGGGCCAGAGAACGACGUGAGAAGGAGGAGCGCUCACGACGCGCGCGCGAUCGUCAAGCGGCCGUCAUGCGAGAGUUCGCUCGCAAGCAGCAGCAGUUCCUCUCGCACGUGCAGGCGGCGGCCGCCAGCGAGCAGAUGGACUGGGACGCCGACGAGCCGCUGCGGCACUACGACUGCGUCAUCUGCAACACCACCGCGCCCGCCUCGCACCACGACCCGAUUGGGCUGUGUGCGCUGCUGCAGUCCACCUCAGUCCUCGGGCACCGGCGGAAAGCCGGCAGCGGCGACGCACGCCUGGCACUAUCUGAAGCCGAGCGCGCGAGACUGGCGGCGCAGCACGACACCACCGCCGCCGCCCACCACUACCGGUUACACGACGACUUGCACGCGCACUUUGACCAGGAAUCAUGGCUGAUGAGUGUGAGCGUGGGUUGGGAAGGCGGAGUUCACGUACAAUCUUGUGGACAUCAUCUACAUUUACGGUGUUUACAGCUAUACCUCCGGAGUUUAUCAGCGCCGCAACGACCUCACAAUCUCCACGUGGACCGCGGCGAGUUCCUGUGUCCCGUCUGCAGGCAGCUCGCCAACACCGUGCUGCCGCUCGCGCCGCCGCCGCCGCCCGCGCGCCCCCGCCACGCGCCCCCGCCGCACCAGCGCCUCGCCGACCAGCUGCUGCAGCAGCUGCAGCUGCAGCACCAGGCGCCGAGUCCAAGCCGCCUAUCCGAAUCGAUGGGCAAAGCGAUGGAAGACAUGACCUCAAUGGCGGGCAGCAAGCUCCGACAGCGGUACGGGACGUCGCCGGCCGCCAUCUUUACCUUCGUGGCGUCGCUGGUGCGGACCAAUCUUGAGUGCGAGCUGGUGCAGCGAGGCGGCAGUUUGGUCAGCCACCCGCCGCCGCGGUAUAAGCCUAGGAAUGACUGUAUUGUACCGCUAAUGGUAGUAGCGGGCACACACGUCCGCGCACUUCGUGCCGCCGGCGCAGAACUAGGCGCGGCAGAAACAUGGCGCUGGCUCGCGCCGCCCGCCGCCGCCGCGCCCGCCGGGCCCUCGGCGCCGCCGGUACCCGCCCCCGCCGGACCAAGGGCCGUGCCCUUACUGCUGAGGGAUCCCUGUGCGCUACUGCUGCAUAUGUUGUUGUUGGCGCCGCAGAGACCCCCACAUCUUGACAUGGUUCUCGCGCCGCCCGCCGCCGCCGCGCCCGCCGGGCCCUCGGCACCGCCGGUACCGGCCCCCGCCGGCCCAAGGGCCGUGCCCUUACUGCUGAGGGAUCCCUGUGCGCUGCUGCUGCAUAUGCUGCUUUUGGCGCCGCAGAGACCCCCACAUCUUGACAUGGAACAAUUCACCUGCGUCGUCCGCUCCCUCUACGCACUCACCUACUACCAGAUAGUCUGCCAGUUCAUUGCCAGCACCAACGCGGAAGGCCGCGCGGCAUUAGGCGCGGCGGCGCCCGCGGGCCCGGGCUCCGGACUACGGGCCGCCGCGAGGUUGCUAUUGGCAGCCCUGGCUGAUUCAGAACUGUUCACUGAGGAUGGGCCAGCCUCGCCGCACGCUGAGAAACCUAAUCUGGAUAUAGCUCAGUUGGAGGCGCAGCUGCAAGAACUGCUGCUACCGUUCGUACGCUUGGCGGCGCUGCUGCGACACCACUUAUAUGACUGCGAGCUGCCCGAGAUCCAGACGCCGCGCCAGGAGUUCGUGCGCCUGGCUUAUUACCUCGAGCUGGUAACGGACGGCAUGCAGUGGUCGGACUGGUCGGCCGCGCAAGCGUUGCUGCCCGACGUGCCGCGUGCCGCCUUCGCCUGGGCGCGGCAACUGGGCGCCGCCGCCGCCAGGGGACAACUCGUGGUCCGCCGCCUCCUCCGCUCGAUGCACGUAGAGUGGGCUCAACCGGCGCUGCUGGCUCUCCCGCGCGACUACGACCGUCUGUUCACUUACUACCACGAGCGGGUGUGCGCGCAGUGCGGCGCCGUGCCCAAGGAGGCGUCCGUGUGCCUGCUGUGCGGCACGCUCGUGUGCCUCAAGCAGGCCUGCUGCCGCCAGCAGCAGGUGGCCGAGGCCGUGCAGCACGCAAUGGAGUGCGGCGGCGGCACGGGCAUCUUCCUGGUGGUGACGUCGACGUACAUCAUCGUGAUCCGCGGCCGCCGCGCCUGCCUGUGGGGCAGCCUCUACCUCGACGACUACGACGAGGAGGACCGCGACCUCAAGCGCGGCAAGCCGCUAUACCUGAGCGCUGACCGACUGGAAUUACUACAAGCUCAAUGGCUGGCGCACCGCUUCGACCACACCAAGCGCACCUGGGUGUGGCACCGCGACUCGCUCUGAGCGCCCGAAGCCCCGCCCAGCCAGAGGUCACUGAACCCGCCAUGCGCGAGCGCAAGUGCGGACUAGCUUGCAUCAUGACUAAAGCCUGGUCCGUGAGCACGUAGAAUCCCGUCCAAUGACCCCAAGAUGCCCAUCCUUGUCGCUCGCACG